AUGAAGGCCGCGAAGCUUCGAGCAGAAGUGGCCGAGCUGGAGAAAGAGCAGGAGGAGGCGCGGCGGAAGGAGCGCCAAGCCUUGUUCCAGAUCCUGGACACCGACAGCGAUGGGGACCUCAACCCCAAGGAGCUCCAGAAGGGUGUGAAGGACGUCAUGGGCGUAGAGGUGGACGACGAGACCGCGGAGCGCCUGGUGAAAGCGUUGGAUGUGAAUGGCGACGGCCGUUUGCAGCCGGAGGAGCUGGACUUUGAAGCAGUGCAGCGGCUCCUGAAAGAGUUCAGAAAGGAGAUGCAGAGCAUCGAGGAGGCGGAGAAGACCCAGGCGUAUCUCAACAAGGAGGAGGAGAUGCUCCGCAAGGAGUGGGACCAGUUCCUCACGAACCGGCCCCCGCGCAACGAGGACAAAGGGCUGCUCACGCGCCUGGGGUCUCUGGCCGCGUAUUUGCUGCCCCUCACGGACGCCUUGCGCUUCGGCGUAAGCGAAGGUGGAGACGCGUUGCAUGUGAGCCGCCACCUGGCGGUGAUUGGUGUGAAAGCCAUCAUCCCGCACCCCAUGAGCUGGAAGCACUGUGGCAUGGUGACUUCCGCGGAGGCCACGGUGGUGCAUCUGCUGCCACAAAGCGGCGCAGAGAUGAGCGUGAAUUACUCGAAGGCCUGA